AUGACCAUGUCCGAGAACGAGAUCAUCGACUCGUCGCCAGAACCAGAAGACUCUAUCGAUGAAAACGUGAGUUUUAAAGAGUUCUUUUGUAUUUUCUGAUUUUAGUUUAUAAAUUUCUCAGUGGAUGCUCUUCGACAUGUCUCUAAAGAUUCAGACGACGCUACAAAGUUCGCAGAAGUGGGUGCUCAGUACAAUAUGUGCUUCAAGAUGCUCAAAAGUGACUCCAGAUUGGUCAAGUCAGUUUUGUUCAGUUAUGGGUUCAUUCAGGUAAGAAGUCUGUCAAGGUUAGGUUACGUUUUAGAUGUUUUUAUUAAAAAACGAAUGUAUUAUGAUGUAUCUUUUUAGUGUUCCUCCAAAAACCAGAGCUUUAACGUGUUCUGGACGAACACCCACUUAAACACCAACUCUAUGCGACAGCUGAGAUCUUGGUAAGUGUUUUUACAAACGUUUUUAAACCGUUUCUUGUUUUUUAUAUAAUAAUUGUGGUACGUAAGUUUUAGGUAUUAAAACUUUUAAAAUGUUUAGUAAACCAGUUGAAAGUAUUUUCUUUUUAGGUUUUGAUUUUAAAAAUGAUUUUUUUUAUUUCUAGGCAACGAGUGAAUCACUUUCCGCGAAGCUUUUUAAUAACGAAGAAGGAUGAUCUUUACAAGAAUAUAAGGGCAGCUCAGGCUCAAUAUGGGGAAGAUCUUUUUGAUUUUGUAAGUCUACUUUUGAUAUAUUUUAUGUUUUUAGAUGCCUGAAUCUUAUAACAGUCCAUUGAACGAAGAAAAACGGGAAACGUUGAAGAAGGAGAUCAUAAAGGCUAAGGAUACUGGAUGUUCGUUUAUCUUGAAGCCAUCAAACUCUUCCAGAGGGCGUGGGAUAGUGUUCAUGUCAAAGCCAGAAGAUGUAAGUAGUGUAUAGUUAAAAAUAGUACAUUCUUAAUAUUGAUAUAAAUAUUAAAAAGCUUUAAUAAAGGAUUGAUGUUAUAGGUAGAUGAAGUUCAAGAUACGGACAAAGUGAUCAUUUCUCGAUACAUUUCGAAUCCUUACUUAGUCAACAAAAAGAAGUCUGAUCUUCGAGUGUAUGUCGCAGUCACUUCAUUCUAUCCUUUGAUGGCGUACAUGUACACAGAUGGACUAACAAGGUUUGCAGUAGAAGAUUAUGACAAUGAUGGUAAUGGACUGUCAGAAGAAGCACAACUAACCAAUUACUCUCUUCAUAAGACUAACGACAAGUUUGUAAAGUAAUUGUUACUUGAAUUGUUAUACCGUCAUUUAUUAUCUAAAGUUUUGGUUUUUGGUAAAUUUAUUACCUAAAUUUCGUCUUUUUUACGUAUUAUUUGCAGAAAUACUAAUACAUCAUCUGAAAGUCUGGGUCACAAAUGGACACUUGGAGCAGUGUUGAGGCACAUGAAGAAGGACGGGAAAGACACAGAUUGUAAGUUGCAAAGUUAAUUUUUAACCUAAUUUAGUGUUGAUUGCAAGGAUAGAGGACGUUAUCAUCAAGACAUUACUGUCGAUACAACGAGUUGUCGCCAGUACUUGUAAGAAACUGAAUGUGAAUCCAAAAUCGUGCUUCGAAUUGUUUGGCUUCGAUAUUCUAGUGGAUGACAAUAUGAAGCCAUGGUUGUUGGAAGUGAACCUGUCCCCUAGUUUGGCGUGGUAAGUUUUUAAAAUUUUGGUCGGCAAGCAUAAAAAACUUUUUGAUGCCUAAAAUUUUAAUGUUUUUUGAUUUCAGUGACGCUCCGUUAGAUUCUAUUAUUAAGACUCAUCUGAUCUGUGACACUCUCAACCUGGCCUGUGUCCCACUUGUCUUGAAGAAGAACACUGGAGUUACAGCUCUUAUGGGUACUGUAAAUAAUCCGAUCGUCGAUGAAUUAGCUGAAUUGGCUUCAAAUGCGUCAAUCACCAGUGAUUCAGCUGCCGUUUCUCCUGCUACAGUGGAUUCUGGGUACGAUACUCAUUCAGCGACAAGUGAUAACAAUCAGACAUCAGAAGAAAAGCCAGUACGGGUGAAUUCAGUCAAGCGGAAGCCUUUGAGGAAGAACAAUCUCAGAGCAAUCAAGAUGAAGAAGGCACAGCAACUGGUCAAGGUGGGUCUUGUUGAUAUUAUCAAAAUACUGUAUAAGUUAACAUAUUUUUAUCACGUAUGCCACACUAACACUAGUCUCACAUGUGUAUAUCUGUUUUAUUUUAAAGUCUCAUGGCGUGCAGUUGAUUGUUUUCACACAUGUAGUAAUAACUCAGAGCCAUAUGGUUCAUAAAACCUUGUUUUAGCCAAAAACACCAAGCGGCGAUGGACCAACAGACUCGAAGGUGGAUUUGUUUGAGCGAAAGAUCAGAAACGAGGAGAACAGAUUGGGUGACUUUGUCAGAAUAUUCCCCCGCCCUGAAAGUAUGAUACUCUACGGUUCCAUAGUUGAAUGUACGGGGCCAGAAAAGUGGGACCAACUGCUCCAUGAAAGAUUGUAUGGCAAUGAAUUGGAAUGCACUCAUCAAGAAUACUUGACAGCACAUCAGGAACUUGCAAUGGCCAAAAAGGUAAUUCAUUUUUGGAUAUUAUGAUUAGGGACUUUAAAUUAAGCUCCUAUUAGUGGUUGAAAAUGUUCUUUAUAUAGCGUUAAUAAACUGUUAUUAUCUUCAGUAUCCCACAACAUCCAGUCUAAGCACAGUAACAAGGAAACGGUUCUUGGAAUCGUCUCUCCGGACGGCACACAAAUACCUGGAACCCUUCUACGAACAUGAGACCGAACCUUACCCAGGUAACCAACUUUUUUAUGAAUUUAUAUUUUAUAUGUAACCUUAUUAUUAUAACACUUUAAUAUUAUUGUAGCCGCCCUACCCAAGCUCCGUCCCACGGCACGGAGACGAACCAGAAGCCAGCUGGACUUUGAUAUAAAACGACGAGCUGAAGUAAUGGAGGCCAGAGAGAAGGCCGGCUUCAUCUAA